AUGUUCUGCCGUAAAGACAUAGAAGAUGAAGAAUCAGAUAGUGAAAACUAUCAAUCAGAAAUUGAGAAUUACUGCAAGGAUAUUGAUUCGUACUAUUGGACUGAAAUAGAAAAAAUAAACAAGGAGUGCAAACACCAAAUUCUUCAAGAAAAAACACCUUACUUAUUGGGUACAGAUUAUGUAACUGCUGAUUGUAGUCCGUUAAGUAUCCAUUGUGGCUUGAGUAUUGCAAGGUGUUUCGCACCAUCAGUAAAAUUGAUGAAAAAAUCAGAAAUAGGAACUCAAAUCACAUUCCGUGCUGACGAAUGGGAACUUUUUAUUUUCACCUUACGAUGUCUGGACAUCAGUUAUUUAUCGGACAAUGAAGUACCAUGCAUUACAACAUCCAAAGAAGAGGACAUUAAACAUAUUGAAUGUGAUGAAGAUGUGAAAAUAUGCAAAACGUCAACUUUAGAUUGUAAAUUUUAA